UCCGCCUAAUAUCUCUGGCACCCUCCACUCACGCCACUCUCUGCGCGUCAUUCUCGGACCCAGCGAGACCGGGCAAUUCGCUCCGAUUCCACUUACAUUUAGCGCGCACCGCCAACGAUGGCCGGUCCACCAAAAGCGGCAGGGCUUCGUAUGAAAAUCGAUGGAAAAUGGCUGCACAUAAAUGAGGAAACUAUCCAAAAUCAUCCAGGAGGUGCCGUAAUCCGACAAUAUGCAAGUGCCGAUGCCACACAUAUGUUCCAUGCUUUUCAUGAAGGUUCUCGGAAAGCUUAUAAACAACUAGAGGUUCUAAAAAAGAAUGCAUGGGACCCGUCCGAAGAUCUCGAAGAAUCCCUAAAGCUAAGGUUGGACAAAGCUGACGUAAACAUCUCUACUUAUGACAUUUCCAUCGAAGAGGAAAAGAAAAUCGUAGAGAGUUUCGAGCGAUUACGACAGCGAGUCAUCGAUUGGGGUUUGAUGGAAGCGCAACCGUGGUACUAUGUCAUGAAAUCUGCUACCACAUUAGGAUUUAUGUUACUUGCUUUUUACUUGCAAUAUUGCGGAUGGUAUUUCACAUCUGCUAUUUCACUUGCCAUCUCAUGGCAACAGUUCGGAUGGUUAACUCAUGAAUUUUGUCAUCAUCAACCAACUAAGAAUAGGAAACUAAACGAUAUGAUCUCAUUAGUGUUUGGAAAUCUCGCACAAGGAUUCUCUGCUGAUUGGUGGAAAGACAAGCACAAUACUCAUCACGCGGCCACAAAUCUCAUCGACCAUGACGGUGACAUCAACUUGGCGCCACUUUUCGCUUUCAUUCCUGCUGAUUUAUCCAAGUAUAAAUUGCCCGUAGAAAAGUUCAUCUUGAAGCUUGUCCCCUAUCAACACCUCUACUUUACUCUUUCGCUGCCUUUGCUUCGAUUUUCAUGGACCAGCCAAUCGUUGAUAUGGGUUUUUGCUGAAAAUUCCAGCGAGUAUCGUGUUUAUCGCAGAAAUGCACUUAUGGAACAGACUUUUCUGGUGGCUCAUUGGGUUUGGGUACUGUUCCAGCUGUACUUGCUACCUACUAUGAGUACUCGAGUAAUGUAUUUCUGUGUGUCACAAUUAUUGUCAGCUACUCUAAUAGCUUACGUCGUGACAUUCAGUCAUAACUCGGUUGACAAAUUUCCAGCAAAUUCGCGCCUACUCAACAAUUUCGCGUGUUUACAAAUUUUCACCACCCGGAAUAUGACACCAGGACCACUCACGGAUUGGCUUUGGGGUGGACUCAACUAUCAGAUCGAACAUCACCUUUUCCCAACCAUGCCAAGAUGCAAUUUGAACACUUGCAUGAAGCUGGUAAAGGAGUUCUGCCGCGAAAAUAAUCUUCCCUACCUCGUCAACGACUAUUUCGAUGGUUAUGCACUGAAUCUGAAACAACUUGAAAACAUUGCUCGACUGACGCACACGAAGUCGAAUUAAUAUCGAUUUAUUGAUUGAUUCUUUCGACAUUCCUAUACAGGGUCCAUCUGUUACUGCUUGCUCAUGUGGUGUGUGCGUGUUGUGAAUAUGCAGUAUUGAUCACAAGGCAUCGAAAUAAAGAAUUCGAUGUGUCAU